CCCGCUUUUCAUCGAUCCACGCCGUCGAACCUUCCCCUCACUUUUCUCUAAUCACUUCAAUUUCGCGUCAGCGACGAGAUAAAUUUUUUAAGUUAAUUUUGUUUGUUUUUUAUUUACAUAGCUUUGAGAUUUUUCCUUCGAAUACCCGUCCUAUAAAUACCCAUUCCCGCAAAACGCGAUGUGCUAUUGGCGAGUUGCAAUGCCAUAAAACGACUGUGAUCUAUUUUUAUCGUGUAACUUAGACAAAACUCAAUAGCUGUGGCCGUAGCAAAAAUAAGUAAGGAUUCCGUCGCUCUAAAAGCUUUGAUCACUGCAUCGUAGAAAACAAAGGCCAUGGCUCAAUUCGGAAGGUUUUACGUGCCACCUUUGAAUAAUGCCAUGAACGUCAUGUGGGCAGCUUUUAGAGCGUACGUACCGGACGACAGUCCAUGCUUGGAGGCGAUUAGAAAACGUCGAGGCGGAGCAGGAGAGGAAAAAUCUAGUGGAGAUAAUGCGGGACCAGCUGAAAAGAGUAGGCUAGCUGGUGGCAAACCGGACACUAACCCGUUCAGAACUACGUGCAAUGCGGAGUUAUCAUCCUAUGGUGGUGUGGACAACCCGGGUCUGGACGUUGCCGGCGACGGAGUAGUCAAAAGAACACCUCAAACUUUCAGUAUGGACGGCAGCUUCGAUGAGGAUUCAUCUGGCGGAGGCGAAUUUGGCGGGCACGGUAGGCACAAAAUCGACGAAUGGCAAGCAGCCUGGAAUGUCACUAACGCCAUACAGGGAAUGUUCAUCGUUUCACUGCCUUUUGCCGUGCUGAGAGGAGGUUAUUGGGCUAUAGCCGCCAUGAUCGGAAUCGCAUAUAUUUGCUGUUACACUGGUAAGAUUCUAGUGGAAUGUCUAUACGAACUGGACUUGAAUACUGGACAACGGGUCCGGGUAAGAGACUCGUACGUAUCGAUAGCUCGGGAGUGUUUUGGUCCGGUGUGGGGAGGUAGAGCUGUGAACUUGGCGCAAAUGAUCGAGUUAUUGAUGACAUGUAUACUUUACGUGGUAGUGUGCGGCGACCUGAUGGAAGGCACGUUUCCCGACGGCGUGAUCGACACUCGUAGCUGGAUGUUGAUCACGGGGGUGUUGUUGAUACCACUUGGAUUCCUCAAACAUCUGCACCAUGUUUCACUGUUAAGCUUCUGGUGUACAAUGUCUCACAUACUGAUUAAUAUCAUCAUACUGGGUUACUGUGUACUGGAACUACCCGAUUGGGGUUGGUCCAAGGUGAAAUGGACCAUUGACGUGGAAAACUUUCCAAUAUCGUUGGGCGUCAUAGUUUUCAGCUAUACGUCGCAGAUAUUUUUGCCGACGCUGGAAGGCAACUUAAUCGAUCGGUCCAAAUUCGAUUGGAUGUUGGACUGGAGUCAUAUAGCUGCUGCCAUAUUCAAGUCACUGUUCGGUUAUAUUUGUUUCUUGACGUUCCAAAACGAUACACAGCAAGUGAUUACCAACAACUUACAGUCGCCGUCGUUCAAGGGCUUGGUAAACGUGUUCUUAGUGGUCAAGGCACUUCUGUCGUACCCUUUACCGUAUUAUGCGGCUUGUGAUAUAUUGGAAAAGUCGUUUUUCAAGGGUCCACCGACCACGCAGUUUCCAAGCAUUUGGCACUUGGACGGUGAGCUAAAAGUCUGGGGUCUGGCGUUUCGCGUGGCCAUUAUAUUAGGUACUGUUUUCAUGGCCAUUUCUAUACCACAUUUUGCCAUACUCAUGGGGUUUAUCGGUAGUUUCACCGGCACAAUGUUGUCUUUCAUCUGGCCUUGUUACUUUCAUCUAAAACUCAAAGGCGAUUCUUUAGAAUGGCGAACGAUUAUGUUUGACUGCUUUGUUAUUUUCUUAGGGUGCCUAUUUGGCGUCAUUGGCGUUUACGAUUCCGGUUCCGCUAUGGUAAAAGCAUUCCAAAUUGGAUUACCGUUUUAAUUUACCUCUAAAGUUUACUUAUUUGUGAUCGUCGUUUUUUUUAAAUAUUUUACCGACUGUAGUUAUAAAUCGAAAGAUAAAAAAAUCAUUACAGAGAUGAAAGAAAUGAUUAAUUUUUAGCUAAAAAUAUUUUAACAGUUUUAAUAUCAUAGUUAGCUAACAAAAAAAGAAAAUAUAGUAACGCCUAAAUUUCAAAUCAAAAUUAUUUAUCAAGCGCACAAUAUUUGUGUUGUACUAUUUCAAUAACUAUUCGUUGAACUUAAGCAUAAAAUUGUACAAUUAAUUAAAAUAUUGAUUAAGUAAAAUCUAAUAAGACGUAAUAAGUUUAAAACGCAAAGUUAAUAUUUUAUAAGAUUCGGAAAUUUCGAAUUUUUCGAAACUAAGACUGAUAUUGAGUACAGUACAUUUAAAAUAAAAAAUAAUAAUUUUUUAGUUUAUUACAAGGCCAAUUAUUUCUAAAAAGCAACACGUCAAGUAUAGUGAUUGUCAUGUUUGUGGGUAAUGAAAAAUAACAUAAUUGUUCAAUAACUAAUUUAUUUAAAACGCCUUAAACAAAAUUUUUCGGUGUUUUGGCGACCCAGUGUUUUAAUAAAUUGAUUAGCACUAUUUUUAAUUAUUUACUCAUAUUUUCAAUUACAUUAUAUUAUUAUUCAUGCAUUAUAUAUUCAGCUAUUACAUGACAUAAAUCACUAGUUCGAUGAUACUCAGUGACGCUAUGUCUAAUUUUAUAUGUAUUACAUAAUAAAAAAAAAUUUACAGAGACACGACCACCUCCUUAUUAUUUUUUUAUUAUUACUUAAUAUUUAGGUAUCUUUUUCAUGAAAUUACAGACUUUCAUUAGGAUAAGCAUGCCCUCUUUAUAUCACCCGUCUUAUACGUGUAUAUAGGGAUCGGCGCCACUAAUGAUAUCAGUUUUUCUUAUAACAAUAGAUGUUAAUUUUCAUUAUCUGACAAAAAGAUUCUGUAUAUUACACUUUCUGUUGAAAAAUUCUCCAGAAAUCGUUUAAAUACACGUAAUUUUUUCAUUUUUCCAUUUCAAAUGUUGACAAUUUUCCUGUUUCGAUUAUUACUUUUUGAAUAUAAAAACCAAUGUGACAACAAAAUCAUGAACUUUAUUGAAAUAAUACUAAUUUAUCAUGCUAUUUUGCAAAUAUUGUAAUUUUAACACUUAAAUUAUGUUAUUUAGCAAAUUGGAGUUAAAUGUAUAGAUUUUUGCAUUUUUUAUACAUGAAAAUGUAAUAAAUUAAGAUAACAAUAAAUAUGAUUAUAAAUAGGAUUUAAUUGUUUGUUAUGCGACAAAAAACAUGGAUUUUAAAGUAUAUUUUAAAAUCAAUGAAAUAACUGAGUCGAUUGUUUUAGUAAUUUAUGUUAUAAUUAAAUAUACUUAACUACCAUUUAUGUCUUCCAGAAAAUUGAUUAUUUGUAAUUCAAAUUGUGAUAAACUCUAACAACAUUAAUGUCUUCCUCGUGUAGAUUACAACUCGCACAUAAAUUACGAAAGUUAUGUUAUUCAUUUUAAUAACAAUUUAUAAUUAUUACUUAAUAAUAUUUGUUAAAUUAUAUAUCUUAUUGUUUUGCAUUAUUUAUGUACAAAUAUGUAUACUUAAAACACAUUAAUCUGGUGUAUAAGUACAACAUAAAAAUGUUAUAACCGUUUUUAACUUAAGUAGAAAAUUAAUGUUUAAAUUGAAAAUACUAAUGUCUUCCAUUAUGACGUGAUUAUUAAUAAUUAAGUACUUCAUUGUCUUCCAUUUUUGGUAUUUGUUCUCAAGAAAUUAUCAAUUUAAUGAAUUUGUAAUAUUAUUUACCUCUAAUGUUUUUUAAUCCAUAUUCAAUCCUGUGACUGAAUACGGAUUUUAAUUAGCAAAAAUAGUGUUGUUAAUGUGUUCCUAAAACUUAUACUAAAUAUAAAUUAUUAUAUGAUAUGAAUUAAUGAUAUGACAAAAUGAUAAUUCAGGAAUGUCAUAUUAUUUUAUGUAAAAUUAUUAAUAAAUUUAAAUUGUCUAUUAUUUUUUUGUUCAAAAUUUAAUAUGAGGUAAAUUAUAUAAAUUAAAAUUUCAAAAUACUUUUAGAACAGAUUAUAUAAUUUUAAAGUAAUUUAAUAAUAAUAUUUAGCUCUUUA